UAUCGCGGGUCGGCAACACGUUCGUCCGUUUCCCUCGCGGGGAGGUCCACGAUGCGGACGCGGCCUUACCUGGGGUAGCCGGGUAGACAGCUUUCCUCGACCGACGGCGUAAUACCGACGCGGAUUUCCUGCUGCCCUCGUCUCUCAUCGCCAUGGCCCCGCAGUCUUUCGCCGAGGCUGUGUUGCCUCGGGUAUUAGUAGGCGGUGAUAGACUGAGCGACCCGACCUCGACGCUACAGAGCCGUGAUGAUGGGAAUAGCGCUUCGGGGCACAACCGGCCUCAGAAGAUUGUGAUCUUUGCCCUGUCCGCCAUCCUCACCGUCAUCAUCCUCUUCUUCGUCCUGCGGCAUCUCUACGUCCGAUAUGUCCUGGAACGGCACGCGUACCACAAAGCAGGCCAUGAUGAUGACGAACGGCACCACCGCCAUUACCCGACCACCAGCCAGGCCAACCUCCAAUACGCCCUCUCCGACUCCCACGCGCAACCAGACAUCAACAACAACAGCAGCAGCAGCAACAACAACAACAACAACACUGCCGCUGGCGUCGACCGCAGCACCUCAAUCCGCAGCGUCAUGACGCUGCCCGUCUACCGGCCCAAGCCGAGCGAGAACGAGCUGGUGCUCGGGCGCGAGGGCGAGCGCGACGGCAUCGACGUGGUGGUGGAGAUGCAGACGGCCGAGGAGGAGGAGGCGCUGCGGGACGAGGAGAUGGAGGCGAUGUACCGGAUCCGGGCGGCGCGGCGGCGGCAGCUGGAGGAGCGGGAGGCGCGGCGGGAGGCGCGGCGGCGGGCGCGCGAGGCCAACGACGAGGCGGCGCUGCGGCAGCUGCGCGAGGAGGCGCGCGCCUCGGCCGAGCGCGGCAACUCCGAGAUCGAGGAGCUGCGGGACGAGCACGAGCGCAUCCGCGCCGCCGCCCGCCAGCGCGCCGUCAGCAGCGUCUCGUACGCCGACGUCGGCAUCGCCCGCGCCGACGGCACCCGCGUCCGCGCCAACAGCGCCGAGAGCACCGAGCGCGUCGGCCUGCUCUCCGACGCCGCCAGCAUCGCCGCCGACAGCCUCUUCCGUCGCCGCGACCGCAGCGCCAGCGCCACCCUGAGCAUAGACACCUCGCUGACCGCCCACGGCCGGCCCGAAUCCCCCGGCCUGAGCACGGGCGGGUACAGCUGGGGGAACGCCGCCGCCGCCGCCGCCGCCACCGCGGGCGGGCAGACGUCGAGGUCCAGGGCGAGCUCAGCCGGGACGACGGCGCCGAGGAUCCCGACCCCGAGCCCCGGGAUCCCGACGCCGCGGGCCGGGUCGCCGCCCGAGAUCAUCGAGCCGGGGGACGUGGGCGACAUGGGGAUGCCGCCCCCGCCGGGGUACGACGAGGUCAGCCUGGGCGAGCUCACGCCGCUGCACUCGCGCCGCAACUCGGACGCGCCGCGGCCGGCCAGCCCCUACCCGGACCCCCCCCCGGAAUACCCGGGCCAGGGGCCGGCCGAGAGGAGGACGAACCGCCUGUCGGCGCGCAUGGAGGAGCUGGCCGCCCAGCAGACUCAGGCGCAGGCCGAUGAGAGCGCUGCUGGUGCUGCUGCCGCGGAGGGGACGACGAGGCCGAACCAGGUGCCGCAGAUCGUGAUAGAUCCGUCCGGCGCGAGGCCUUGAUCUUUUAGCUUAGUUUAGCAACAGCGUAUAUCGACCGCGUCGUGUGAGUUCAUACACCGCACAUCCUAAUGGAACCAUGAGCCCGGGGAAAGAGAGAGAUGGGGGAGGGGGGGGAGAGGGGCUGUCAUUGGGGGAGGUUGGCGCAAGUACGGCGCGCCGAAAGAGUAGCAGGGUAGGACGAGCCAAAAUUGGGCGGUUGGAUACCCUGGCACGGUGACAAGGCGCGGGAAUUCAUCUUGUACAUACGCCACAUACCUUCCUUACCUUGUUCUGCUUGCUGCGGAGUCUUUAGGCGUCGGAUUUGGGCUUGGUUUAGGCUGGCCAGGUUCGGCUUCAAAGUUCUAAUAUGUCUUACAUAGAGAGGGGCGGGUCUGCAUUAUCACAAUUGCCAAUAUAUACCUUGACUCAAUUUUGGAGUAGG